AUGUCUCAAACAUUUGCUAACUUGGAAAUGAACAACAAACAAAUUCUGGAAGACGACGACUUGGUAAUCUUACCCGACGUAGACAACUCUGAGUUGAUUGCUCGUUAUCACCUUAGCUUGGUUGGUAGGAUUUUCAACAAGGAGAGGUGCAAUGUGGAAGCUCUUAUAGCCUUCCUCCCUCGACACAGUAUCUGGGACGUGGAAGGUCGCGUUCGUGGGGUAGACCUUGGAAACCACAGAUUCCAAUUCGAUUUCGAUUCAGAGGCUGACCUCCUGAAGGUUUUAAGUAAGCGCCCCUGCCACUUUAAUAAGUGGUCAUUUUCUCUUGAGAGAUGGGCUCCUCAUGUUGGUGACUCAUUCCCAAACACCAUGACCUUUUGGGUUUGUGUGACGGGGAUACCAACACACUUCUGGAUGGACCUGAUCUUCUACACUUUCGGGAAAAAGCUCGGACUUGUUGGAAAGAUUGAUGCGAGAGCGGCAAAGUUCCAAGUCGAGAUCGAUGGAGACCAACCACUAAAGUUCUCUCUUCGUGCUCAAAUCCCCUCAGGAGAAAUAGUCCCAGUCUCUUUCGAAUAUGUAAACUUGUUCUGUUGGUGUCACAACUGUCAUCUCAUCUCCCACGAAGUUGAAAACUGUCCCCUGCUAUCUGAAGAAGAAAGAAAACAGAGACUGUUGGCUAAAGAAACCAUUAGAGAGCAAAGUGGUUUCAUUAGGAAGGAAGGAAUGCGAUAUGAAGAGAUUUCAAAACGAUUUACCAAUGAUGAGAAGACAUCAAACCUUUAA